AAAGACAGAAUCUGGCUUUAUACACAAAAUAGAGACGUUAUUAAUAAUACAAAUUUAAUACAAAACAAAAACAUAAUGUAGCGAUUGUUAUCGCUACAUUAUAACUUGAUUUUCACCUUUCACCUACAACCCCACUGGGACAGAGAAAAUGGCUGCCUCCUUCCAAGGCAUCGCUAAGGUUUUAUGUCGUCUAUCGCCUUCAAUUUCACAUCCAUUACGACACUAUCAGUCCUGUCUGCAGAGAAUCCCUGUGACAUCAUGUCCUGCUCCCACUUUCUUGGUACCUCCAAGUCACUCAUUCUGUAAAGCAGCAUCACUGCAGAGUGAGAAUACUGCUGACACUCUCAUCCGUUACAACGAGAGACCCUGGGAUUAUUUGGAGAGUGAAGAGUACAUUGAGCGGUAUGGAACCAAUCCAGUGUGGGCAGGUUACAGGAGGAACCACAAAGGUGGCAUCCCCCCACAGAAGACACGCAAGACCUGCAUUAGAGGAGACAAGAUCUGUGGAAACCCCUGUCCAAUUUGUCGGGAUUCAAACGUCAUCAUCCACUAUCAGAACGUGAAGUUGUUGCAGCAGUUCAUCAGUCCUCACACUGGGAUGGUGUAUGAUCCCACUCGAACAGGUGUGUGUAUAAAACAACAGAAGAACCUGACUGAGGCCAUCAACACAGCAAGAGAUCAUGGCUUACUUCCCUUUCAGAUUCCGUAUGUGGAAUUUUCAGGAGAGGACUACUCCAAUUCCCAUGAUGCCGUAGGGUCUACACCACCUCCCCAUUCCUUACGCUCAGGUGACACCUGGUAUAAAUGGUACAGUGAAUUAACACCUGAUGACAGUGAAGUGGCCAAAGUCAAGAAGACAUACAGAGCUUAUUUAAAGUGAUGUUGAGUCCAGAGGGGCUGCAGCCCUGAAUGAAAAAACUGUCAUUGUUGGCUGUGUUAAACAUGUAUGUCCACUUGACAAUGUGAAUUCCAUAUCCUACUGGUAUGUUAAUAAAAACUGCACAAUGAAAUGAAA